CGCAACUCGCGCGUUAAUUUAGUACAACGAGAUUUUUCAGUCACAAGGAGAAAAAUAUGGCUGCUUCCAUGUACCGAGCCGGUAGUGCAGUGGGACGGGUACUGGUCCGUGCCAGAAACACUUCUGCUCUUAACUUAAAGCGGCAUCAGAGUGCAGUUUCUUACGCCCAAACACUUCUGAAUAUUCCAGAAACAAAUGUGAGUACCUUGGAUAAUGGACUGCGAGUUGCUUCAGAAGAGUCUGGGCAUCCCACAUGUACGGUCGGUGUGUGGAUUGGAGCUGGAAGCCGCUAUGAAAAUGAGAGCAACAAUGGGUCAGCUUACUUCCUUGAACACAUGGCAUUUAAGGGCACUAAGAAACGACCACAAGCAACCUUGGAACAGGAAGUCGAGAGCAUAGGAGCCCACCUUAAUGCUUACACAUCACGAGAACAUUCCGCAUACUUUAUAAAGGCAAUGGCCAAGGACUUGCCAAAAGUUGUUGAAAUCUUGGCUGAUGUUCUGCAGAAUAACAUACUGAGUGAAUCCGAGAUUGAGCGACAACGUGAUGUAAUACUUCGGGAAAUGGAAGAAAUAGAGUUUAGCGUACAGGAUGUGGUAUUUGAUCAUCUCCAUAGAAUGGCUUAUCAAGGGACUCCACUUGGCAAUACUGUCAUUGGCCCCAGUGCAAAUGCAAAGAAUUUGUCACGUAAAGAUUUGAUGGAGUAUAUAAACCUUCAUUACAAAGCUCCUCGUAUGGUUCUUGCUGCAGCUGGAGGAGUUAAUCAUAAUGAGUUGGCUGACCUUGCCAAGCAGCAUUUCAGUAGUAUCUCUUAUCAAUAUGAGGGUGAUGUAGUACCAGUCCUUGCACCCUGCCGAUUCACUGGAAGUGAGAUCCGUGUGAGAGAUGAUGCAAUGCCCUUUGCUCACAUUGCCAUCGCUGUGGAAGGAGCCAGUUGGACUAACCCUGAUCUCAUUCCUCUCAUGGUAGCAAACUCCCUUAUUGGCAGUUUGGAUCGCACUUAUGGAGGUGGCAAGAAUGUAUCCAGCAGACUGGCUCGUAUUUCCCGUGAAAAUAAACUCUGUGAGAGCUUCCAGACCUUCAACACCUGCUACUCAGAUACAGGGCUGUUUGGCAUCCAUUUUGUCACAGAUGCAUUCAACAUCGAAGACAUGUUACAUUUUGCACAAGGAGAGUGGAUGAGACUAUGCACCAGUGUGACCGAGAGUGAAGUCAGCAGAGCAAAAAAUGUGCUGAAAACCAGCCUUGUUGAACAGCUGAAUGGAACAACCCCACUCUGUGAAGACAUUGGCCGUCAGCUCCUUCAGUAUGGACGUCGUAUACACUUGGAAGAAUGGAUUGCACAAAUUGAUGCUGUAGAUGCCCGCAGAGUACGUGAGGUCUGCACCAAGUACAUCUACGACAAAUGUCCUGCAGUAGCUGCAGUAGGUCCAGUUGAACAGUUGCCAGACUACAACCGUACUCGUAGUGCAAUGUACUGGCUGAGAUUCUAAAAUGUGAAAAGGAGGAACAUCGCUGCUGUAACAGUCUAUCUUCGAAUGUAGUGGAUUGCAUGUUGUUUGACAUGCGGUGAAGUGAAGGGAUGCUAAGUUUUUCACAAAUGACUGUCAUUCUGUCUAAGCCAGUAAAAAUAAACUGGCAUUAUAAAGUAAAUAUGUGUAUGUUUAAAUAAAAAAUAAUAAUAAAAA